AUGAAGCCGACAGCGGCUUCGUCCGCCGCGGCAGUUCCCGAUCCUCCCACCACUCGGCCAUCCCGUCACAAGGACAAAAGCGUCUGGCAACUGAAGCGCGACAGCUGCGCCACGUUGCGCGCCUUUGAGGCCCAGCGCAGCGCGCAGCUCGACAAGUUCCAGGCACGAGAUCGCGCCUAUUGGCGUCAGUUCCAAGCCGAAAUCCGACACGGAGACGUCGAAAAUGCGCGGCUGUUGCGCUUUUUCACGCUGCGGUUAGAAGCGGAUUUGGUGUAUGCAGAAGCCCUGAGGCAGACGCGCCAGGUGCUGGACGCUCCACUGACGGACUUGGACGGAGCGACGACUCCGGAGCUCCCGAUCGUCCAGUCGUCUGUGUCCAAAGCGCUGUGUGCAGUGGGAGAAGUUCAGCAACAAGUGGCUGAGAAAUUGGAGCAGUUUACGACUGUUGUGAAGCGAGAAGUGAUGGUGAAGCUGUUGGAGGAGAUGGCGGACACGUUCAAGGAACGGGUGGCGACCAUGCUGAGCGAAGGUGAGAGACUUGACGGACUGUUGUUCCAGUCGCAGAAUAACGUACUGGCGUCGUUUGCCAAGUACGUUAAGCUCUUUGGUGUGAUGGAAAAGGAGGAGGAGACGCCGGCUGCUGUGAAUGUGGUCGAUCCAGUGCGACGACUGGAUCUGUGGCUGGCUGAGGUCAAUUAUUGCAUCAAUGUACAAAAGCUGCGAAAUUGUCGUGUUGAGUACGUGACGGGAAUGGCGGCGCUGUUUCAGCAGUAUAAGACGAUCGAAGUCUGGAGAGCGUCAGUCAUUCAGACAGCGCUGGAUACGUAUAUCCGAAAGCAAAAGCUGGUGUACGGCGAGAUGGCAGGGGCGAUGACUGGUCCGCUUGCUAGUGCACAGCGUAUUGACCCUGAACGAGAUCUGCUCCAGAGUGUGCGAAGGAUACCGAAAAACUACACGGCAGCAGCGUUGUCGGCAGCAGAUGACACGGAUGCAAAACUGUUUUCAACGUUGCGGUCGCCUAUCGCGAGUCCGUUGUUAGUGCGCUGUGGAUUUGUGAAAAACCAAGUGAGCAGCUCGCUCUUUUCAUCAUGGAAGGACGUGCUGUGUGCCAUUACGCAAGAGGGAUAUCUGCAUCUGCUGGACCUGAAGGAGCACACGACUCGCUCCAUCCUGGUGUCGACAGAAGCGAUGCUGGCGGCAAUUGCUGUGAAUGAGCAACAUGCAGACGUCAGCAGUCAAUCAGUUUGUCUGGCAAACUGCCGAAUCGAGAUUUUGGGCAAGAGCACGACGCCGAGCUUCGAGAUCACGGAAGUGAGUCCGCCGUCCGGGUUACUGAGUAGUAUGUUGCGAGUAGGAGUUUCCCGGACGCUGACGUUCCAAUGUCCAAGCCAAAGCGAUCUGAUUGAGUGGGUAGUUGCUGCCAAGCAGUUUAUCUCGGCUGGGUCGUCUAUGGUGAAUAGAUAG